ACGCUGCAAAGCAUCAUGGGACAACCUGAAGGUGGUCACCAAACACGAAAUGAAGGCAGGGCUAAAGAACAAGAUGACGGACUUCCUGAAGGACUGUACACAAAGGAUCAUCAUCCUGAAGGUGGUGCACCGCAGGGUCAUUAACAGGUUCCACUCCUUCCUGCUGUUCCUGGGUCAGCCGUCAUCAUCAAUCAGAGACAUUAAGGUCACGAGCUUCUGUCGCAUCAUCAGCGAGUUCGCUCUCGAGUAUCGAACGACCAGAGAGCGAGUCGUCACCCUGAAACGAAAACGAGCCGCUCACCGAGAGAGAACCAAGACCAGAGGCAAGAUGAUCACCGAGACGGAGAAGUUCUCGGGGGCGGUGCCUCACCCGGACAGUCCCUCCCCUGUCUCCGUGUCGACAGAGGCGGAGUCAGCUCAGGAGGAGGAGCAUGAGAACAUGAAGAACCUGUUGAUCAGCAGCGACGUCAGUCUGAGUGUCGACCCGAGAGGCCUGAGACGCUCCAGAGCCGUCCGCAGUCUCGGCAGGGUGAGUCCGUGUCAGAUGUCUGUAGCCAGAGACGACGGGACCAGCUCCCAGGACGACGCCACAGACGAAAUCAUGGACCGACUGGUCAAAUCCGUUACUCAGAAUCCCUCAGACAGAGCUUCAAGCCCCAAGACCCGCAAACGCUCCCGACUCAACAGGAAGUCAUGUAAGUACAGAGAAAUGUCGUAAUGUUCCUUUAAGGUC